CGAGAAUAUGGCCGCCGCUGGUCGAAACCAAUAAAUAUUCUGUGAAAAAACUCUUGUGAUGAUCGUUUAAAAGUGAAUUAUAUUGAUUUAUUUGUGAACUGUAUAAUGAGUGACUGAAUUAUAGACUAUACCGGACCAAAUGAGCUCCCGAAAGAACUACUGAAGAACAUAAAAGACUUAGAGAACAGGGUAAUUAUCAGGUAUCGCAUAAAAUGGAGACAGAAACAAUUGAUCUCACCGAUCCAUUUGAGAAGUAUCUCAAACAAAAUAAUUGGACCGCGGAAGGUCUGAACGAACGACUUUCCCUUUUGGCCGGAACGGGAACAAAUGCGGGACAAUGCGAACAGAAAAAUAUUACUCUGCGUGAUUUGCUAGAUAGUUCGGCUAUUACAGACGAAGAACGAAUCCAUAUUAAUGCACCAAAUGAAACUAUCAUACUAUCAGAUGAUGAAUCUGAAGGAGACUUUCAAAAGCAAGAACAAGCUAUCCAAAUAAUAGACAUAAGUGACGAUGAAUCUGAAGAUAAUACUGAAAUGGGAAACCUCAUUGACGAUCAAGAGUUAAGUGACUUAAGUGAUCCUGAAAAUGAAUAUGGUGAUAUUUUUGAAGAGUCUCAUAACGAGAAACAAUUUACUGAAACAAACGACGAAGCAGGAAGUAAAUUUGAGGACUCUUUACACAGUAAUCAUCCAGAAGAUAUAGUGAGCUUGGCGCAAGAUAUGUCUUCAAAAGCCAAUAUAGCUACAGAAUCCUUAAACAGUACAUCUGAAUGUAUUAUUCAGGCAGGAUCUACUAAUAACCUCGAAAAGUCAAAAGAAAAUACAUUAAGCGCGAAUUUGCUUGAAAGUUUAUCUCCUAAACCAGACAUAAACGAUUCAGAGACUACUGAUGAUACUUCCCUAAAAGAAGAGGCUAAAUCUGACGAGACUAGUAAUAACGACGAAACAUUAAUCAGUACUAAUGAUACAAAACAUUUAGAAGGUACAAAAAAUACUUUAGAAGAACACACAGAGCAGCCUUUGACAAAGAAAAUGACCGAAUGCGGAACUGAAAAUAAUUCAGAUUUAAAAGAAGAUUUCUUAUUACUAGAAUUAGAUGAUGGUAUAAAAGAUUGUGAACUAUACCAAGAAUGUCCAUCAGAAAACGCUGAGGCACCAGAAGUAGAUAAUGAAACAUCGAUGCCAAAUAAUGAACAUUCCGAAAUAGAUGCAAUAAAUAAGUUAAAUGAAUGUGAACCUGAAAAUACAGAGGUUGCUAAAGAUGAGGUACUUCAAGGUAGUCAGGAGGAGUUAGAUGAAGAGGACAGUACAUUAAGUAAGCUUACUAAUGAUGCUAAAAUUCAAGACAUUGAGCCAAAUAAUGAACAUUCCGAAAUAGAUACAAUAAAUCAGUUGAAUGAAUGUGAACUUGAAAAUACAGAGGUUGCUAAAGAUGAGGUACUUCAAGGUAGUCAGGAGGAGUUAGAUGAAGAGGACAGUACAUUAAGUAAGCUUACUAAUGAUGCUAAAGUUCAAGACAUUGAGCAAAAUGCACAAGAUAAAGAAAAUUCUACAGGUAUGCAGGAACUUACUCAAGAAGAAGAGGGUCAUACGCAAAUUGACCCUAUUAAAGAAACUGAAUGCUUUAAAAAAAUUGAUUUGCCUAAUAUCGAAUACGUUUUUAUUGAAUCGGAUGAAAAUGAGAUCAGUUUAAAGGAUACGACUGAAGACUCUAUUGAAAAUGAAAGUAACACGGAAGAUUCCAUUAGUUUAAAGGAACUGGAAUCCAUAGUGACAAAUGAAACAAGUUCUACUUCAAACGCAGAGGCUAAGCAAAAUGAGCAAAUAAAUAUAGACGACUUGGACAGUAGUUCUAAAGACUCACAUACCUCCAAGACAAAUAUCGUUGAAGGAAAUAUUUCUGACCAUAUCCAUAGUAACAGCUUAGACCUCCAUCAAUUGCCUACAGAGCAGCCUUGCAUUGAUGAUGUUCUUAAGCAGAUAGAUACUUUCUAUAGCACCGCAAGUAAUUCUAGUGUAUUAGAACCUCAGGAUUCAGUUAAUUCUAUAACUAACGUAAUCGAGAUAGAAUUUAUUGAAAAUGAGAGUGACAAGGAGGACGAGGAAUCAACUAAUGAAAUUCAGGAAGCUUGUGAAUAUAGCUUCAAUGAAGAUUCGCCUCCUGAAAAAUUAGACUUACUUACAGAUUCUGCUAAUGAAUCUGUAGAACCUUAUGUGAGUCAGCCUGAAGACUCGCCUGCCGAUGCUUUAGAUGAGUGUAAUAAAAUGCAAGAAAUCAACCCUGAAACGCUGUUAAUUAAUACCGAGAAGUCGACUCUAAAAGAAGACAUAAUUGACAAUAAUUCAUACACUCCAGAAGCCGAGAAAAGUUUAAACGUAGUUGUAGAAAGUGAACUCCCAUCUGACUUAUUUGAACCAGCAGGUUGUAUUGUGCAGGAUUUCGAUAACCUGCAGGUUCCGGAUGUGCCAUUAGAGGAUUCUUCUGAAGUGUUAAAUACAUUAGAUAAUAAAUCGUUAAAUUUUAGUGAGCAGGUUAGUGCUCCCCAACUUUCGGAAGAUGAGCAAAGAGGUGAAACGAGUCUCGAAGCAGUUUCGGAAAUUGAAAAAGAAACUCCAAGUUUCGACGAAGGUUCUGAUAAUGAUAACGCGCAAAUUAACGUUGAAGAUAUACGCGAACAACUAAAACUGCAAUUAAGUAAUUUAAGAACUAAAAGGAAAAUGAAUAUAUUCCAAACGACGUCCCCACUACCAGAGGUUGAUGACACUGAAAUUCAAAAUGAAGUUAAGAAUGUUUUCCAUCGUCCCACUGCUGAAACUUUCUUGGAUUCUGCAAAUUUAAGUGUGGAUAAAGAGGCUGAAAUUAAGAAAAUAGAUGCAUCUCAGGAUUUAAAAGUAAAACAGAAUUCUGAAAUAGAUAAACGUUUAGAAUUAAUAUCUGAAAAGCCACAAGAAUCACCAGUAACAACUGGUGAACAAAUGCGUAUUGUUGAUGAAAGUGCCAAAGCUGAAACUGAGGAUGAUACGGUUCCAGAAGCAUUUCAGGAGCUGAGAAAGAUUAUCAGAAAAAAGAAGCUGAAAGAGCAAAGACAGGAUUCUUUGAAUACUACAUCCAGUAUUGACGAUUUUAUUAAAUCUAAUGCAAAUUUGUUUUCAGUAAAGAAGUCCGUCAUUUCUGCUAAAACAAUUGUCCCCUUAGACAUACCAAAUAACUUUGCAGAAACGCAAACCAAGCAACCCGAAGGACAAUUGAAUGAUGCUAAUGCAAUAAAGUCGUCACGACUAGCAGUAAAAUCUGAUAAUCCAUUUGUUAGCAACACCUUAGAUGAAUUUUUGACAGAUUCUAAACUGAACGUUAGUUACAAAAUUCCAAAAUGCGAUGCGGAAGAGGGCCUUCAGAAAGAUUAUUUUACGGCACCGGUUGUACCAUACCACAACGAAGUUAAAGAAGAAGAAUCGGACAAAUCAAAAGGAGAACCAAAGUAUAAACCAAAAACGUUGGCUGAAAAACGGAGAAUUUUGGAGAAAAAACGAAAAUUGGAGGAAAGACGCUUGAAAAAACAAAAAGCUCGGGAAAAACUGCAGAAAAGGAGUUACGUAUUAUUCAAAGAUAAAAAAGUAUUUCUUCGUAGCAAAACGUUAGGAAAAUGCAUUGCCUCUAUUCAGUCCACAGCGCCUGCAGAAGUUCAGAUACCUCCAAGACCCAGGAAGCCGUCGUUAUUAACCGAAUUGCACAAAAAAGAAACUACACCUGUUAAAUAUCGCCCUGGUCCUUUAUGUAAAAAAUAUCUACUGCAAAAUGACUAUGCUCAAUGGAGAAGUGAACUAAAACCAUUACCAACAGUAGUUUUAAAUAUAAUGCCAGAAACUGGUAAACCUGUGCAUCCCAAUCUUUUAUCUAUUGUCAAUCAUUGGAAUGGAGACAUAACUAAGGAUCAAGUUGAAUUUGCUUUAUCAGCUCUAGAACGUAAACCAGACGAGAACUUAAACAUAUUUCAGUUUACCCUUCAAUACGAAAAUCGCCAAGAUAGUUUACUGGUGCGGAAAAGGAUUCCUGACGACAAACCAGGCAUAACGUUACCACAACAUUGCGGAAGCUUGAAUAAAGAUUUAUGUGAAUCAAGUAUAACCGAGGAGGUUCAUAAGAUAAUAGACGGUCUUUUAAACUACGUAGAAGUUAAAGAACUUGCACCCGCUCUAAUAAAAGAGGAUGAAGUGAGGGACACUAUCUGUGAUAGUCCUUCUCCAAUUAAGUUUGCCGGCAAAGGUCAUCACACCAAGAAAAAAUUAUCAAAAACCAUGAACAGAGAACUAAUGAGGCUUAGCUGUAAAGUAGUCAGCAUGGAAGUGAAGGAAUCGGCAGAGGUAGAAAACUGCCUUAAACCUCAUUGCAAAUUCGGAUGUGUUUGUAAAUCUUUAUGCGGCGAAACGUUAUUAAAAAAUCUGCAUUGUCGAAAAGUCAAGUGCAUGUUUGGAUGCGUAUGUCCGAAAGAAAAAAGUAAAAUAACGACUAUUUCGGAGCCAAGUUUAUCAUUAUCCAAUGACUUGGAGCUUUUAUCAACGGAUACUGUGAAUAGAAUAGAAGACGAAGCGAAAAAAUACUUGGCCAAAGAGGAAAAAGAAUUUACCCAAACUAUUAUUUGUGCUAAUGAUAAAACUAUUGUUGUGGGUAUAGCAAAUAAACCUCGACGGGCCGCUAAAGCUCCUAAAAAGUACACUGGUUUUUUUGAAGAUGAUAAUGUCAAUAAGGAGCGGAUAAAGAAGAAGCAAUAUAUUCUUAAACCUUGCGAUGUUUUAGUAGAAAAUUGGGACUUUUCGGAAAUAGAGCCUUACUGCUUGAUACAUAACUUAUAUAGUUGUCAUUGCAAGGGCCUUGCCACUUGUAGAGUGGAAAAUAAAGCAAACAAUAAGAAACCGGAGAUAAAGCAUCUACAUUCCACUAGCAAUUGGGAUGAAGAAGAGUGGUUACCGAAAGUAAAACCAUCUAAAAUAGAAGGAAAUACAGCUAUUAAAGCUCGGCGGGGUAGGAAGUCAAAAAUCCUUAGUGACGAUUUUCUAUUUUCUUCUGACACUCCAAAAAGGCAAAAAAUCGAAGAAUCGUUCAAAAUAAAUGAAGGGAGCAAUUCGCUCCAAGAAGAUACAAUACCCAAUCACUCUGCGCGAACUUUAAGAGUAAACAAAAAAUAUUACAUAAGAAACGUAUAUGGAGAAGGAGCUACCGCAAAUGAUUUUAUUCACCGUGCAACACAAGCGGAUAUACUAAGAUAUCAAGAAAUGAACUCAGAAAAUAUGAACGACGCGGAUACUUUGAAAAAAUACAUUUUAGACCAAAGAGCCAUGUUGAUAGAAGAAAUUAUAAAGCUUAAUAAAAAACACCAAAGGAAACGAUAUUUGGAAAAGCGAGACGAGGAAAAUGCAGUCGAUAAUGGCAAUGAAAGAGUACAAGUCUCCUCGGAGAAAAAUAAAAUUCAACCAGUAUUUAAGGGUGAAAUUAUCGUUAAAGAUUUCGAUUGGCUCAAGAAAAUUACCAACAAAACUUGGACCACUGACUCCUAUGCUCGAAUAUUACCAUGGAAUGCUUUGUUAAAAGGUUUUACUUUGCAAACUAUAAAUGUAUAUUGUGUCCUAGAGAUACCUUUACGAUUAAUGUUAGGCGUGGGAAAGAAAAUUACUACAAUCAGCAGAAUAAUGGAUAUUGAAAAGUACUAUCAGGAAAUAUUUGAGGCUCCAUUAAGAGGCAAAGAUCCUGUGCUGAUGGCCCAGUCGGAAAACGUGCGUAAUCUUAUUAAAUGGCUGCACGCCGGAUCCUUGUCUUCCAAAUACAAAUCGAAUUUCCUCUCAUUCCUUUUAGUAGAAUCAUUUCCCGGUCAUUUUGAAGUACGUGGUUUAUGCACGCAAGAUGCCAACAAGUCUAAGCCCUAUGAAGAGAAAAAUUCAUUGAUACCAAAUGAUUUGAAGGAAGUUGAAGAUAUAACAGAAAUUAAACACAAAAACUUAAAAAAUGAAAUAAGUUACUUGUUUUUAUUAAAAUGCCAAUUCAAAUUGAGAGAACUGGUGGAGGAUGGACUUCAUGAUGACCACACUGAUAGUCUGUACAUGUGGGUAGGUCUCCCCGAAGUUUACAAAGUUGCUAAAUGGCGCAUGAUUUUUUUGAAAGAAGACUUUGCCUAUUUGUUCUUUAAUAAGAUUAAAUAUUCAAUAAGCUAUCUGGAUCUAAUGAAGUUAACCGAAAUUGCUAAAGAAGCGCAGAAAACUUUAAUUAUUCGAAAUUUAGCCAUCAGGCGAAGCUAUAACCACAACAUGUACGGUAUAUACGUCAGUCCAAAGUACUCGGACAGAGUGUUUAUUGGGCCAUAUUUCUUAAAUCACUUCGAGGAGGAUAUUAGUACGUUAAAGUACAUCAAUAGGUCACUGAUAAGUUUCGAAGCGUAUAACAGAAUGACCGGUGAGGGUAGUACGAAAUGUGGACAUUGGAUGCACGAGCGCCCGGAUCAACAGAAACCUAAGCGAUAUUUGAAGGAAACCAUCGACCUUACCGCAGAAGAUGAACCAGAAGCAUCGGGAUCAGUGAAUAAUUUAGCUUCGAAAAGGUUAAAGUCCACGAAUGAAACGAAAGUUGAAAUAUUACCUGCGGCUAAUCCUAGCUGUGCCAUGGACAACUUGUCACGCUCGGAUGGACAAGUAAUUUAUCAGUAUGGACAGAAAGUUAUUAUAAAGAGUUCGAAGCCAAGAACUCCUACAGAAUUUAACAGGUUUAUUAUUACUAAUAUUCCACAUUUUGGUUACUUGGGCGCCUUCCAAACAAAAGACACUUUAGAAGUAUCAUGGCCAUUGGAAAAAAAGGUUCUUGUGUUUGAAAAUGCUGAUAAAGCCAGGGAUUUUCUGCAAGAACGUUUUAACCAGCUACUUCAACCUGUACCGGCAAGUUUCAAAAUUCAGGUGAUAGUACUGGUCCAAAUAGACCUUAAGGAAAACCAACCAAUCAAUUCUGAACAUUUAAAUGGCCAUUGUAUUUGUGGGUUUUUUGGCACAUACAACAUCAACGACCUUACCGAUCAAUUCUGCAGGAAGAAUUUAAAUAUGACCAAAGAGGAAAUUGGUCAAUUGUUUAUCAAGCGAGCAGAGGCCUACAUUGCCAAAAGGAUUGAAGAAUUAGCGGAAGUUUCAGGAAUGGAUCCUAAAGAUAAAGUCAAUUAUAACGUGAAGAAUAUAUUAGAGCGGGCAAGGGAACAAAUAAAACUGCAAGAACACAAACGCAUUAACUUGUCCGCACAAAUUCACUCUAAAGAGGCAGAAGUAAUAGCCAAUAUAAAAAGGGUGUUUGUAAUGAUCAAGGAUCUGCCUGCACAUCGGAGAAACAUCGAGGCGCGAAUAGUUAAUGAUAUUCUAAAAAUUAGACCACAUCGCUUGGGAUCAACCGAGACUAUAGUGAUUAAUGAUGAUGAUCUGUCCCCUAGUGGAAGUGUUAGUAGUACACCUGUCCAGCCUAAAAACCCCCGAUCUCUGUUACGGGUAUUCGUACCGGAGCGAGAACCAAGGAUUGACAAUAAAAGAAAAGUCUCGAUGGAAAUGGAAUUGGGACCGCCAUUAAAAAAGAUUAUUAAAAUAAACACAUCGUUGGGAAGCGGUUCCAGCACGAUAAUUUCCCCACCAAGUGCAACUAUCACGUCCCAUAGUUAUGCCACCAUUACUAGUUUAAGGUGAUCGAAUAGGCGCGCAUCAUGAUCAUCGGUGAAUUCGAUGGACUGCUAGCCAAAGAAGUAAAUGUGGUGUCUAUUAAGGCAUAAGUAUAUUUACUUUUAUUUAAAAGACUGUUAUAUUGUUUAUUUUAGUUUAAAUGUUCCUAGUUACGUUUCAGUUAUUUUUCGAAAACUCGUUGUGAUAAUUAACGCUGUUUUUUAAGUUUACGUUUAAUAAAAAAAUCGAUUUAUAAA